AUGAGGAUCGCAAGCAUCACCCUGUCUGCCCUCGUCUUCGCCUCAGCAUGUAUGGGCGCUGUAACAAGAACUAUCUUUAAAGAUGUUUGCAAGAGCGUGCUCGAAUGCAAUGUUACCGGUGACGAUUCACCAGAAGCAGCCCUUCGGCAAGUGGAUGAGCACGCGCUGUACUCCAUGUUUUGCAACACAGGCUGCGAUUACGCCGUCAACAAGGCCAUUUCACACGCAUUCGGCACCAAGGUUAGCACGAUCUGCAGUGUCAAGAAGGUGGAACUCAACGUCAAGCAGGAAAAGUACACGGCAAAGGACAAUGAUGAGUCGAAACGAGAGAGUCAAUGGUUCUCAAGAACAGCAGAGAUUGCUAGGAGGGAUAUCAAUGCGUACACGGUGGGAAGCGCUCAAAUCUCGUUUUGCUGCAUGGACAAACGUGGUGUGGACUACACGGAGGAUGCGGCAAAGAGGCUCAACCUAGAGAUGUCGAUAUGCAAGUGGUUGUGA